GCUCAGGCCUCAGGCUCAGACCCCAGGCCACGGCCAUGACCGGACAGCCGGAUGUGUUUGAGAUCAGCGACGCUGAGCUCCUGGAGCUGGAUUUGGAGCAGCUGUGCGGCCCGAAGCCCCGGGGCUGUCACACCCAACCGCAGACUGACGGAGGAAAACCUGAACCGAGUGAUGAAGACAAUGAUCGCACACCAGUCAAGUCUGAGCCUUGCUGUAGCAACCAAGAGACAGCUGCACUGACAAGCAGGAAGGAUGAACAUCAAUCCAUCAAUCUGUCACCUGAGCCCGGAGAGGCAAGUGGCCCAAACCCUGACUGCACAGUCGCUAAAAGACAAAAGCAGGACAAACGGACACCAAUGGAGAAGUUUGGCCUAACUUACUUGAGUGUGACUCACUUAAGUAGACAGGUGUGGUGUGAGCAGCAAGUGGUUUAUGGGAUGGAAAUGCCGCAGAUUGAGAAGCUGCGAGCUGAGCUGCCAAUUGUGAAAGCGGGGAGCAGCCUACACCUGGCAAGAGAGUUGGAGGUCCAUGACAUUGUGGCAGUAAAUGUAACAAGCCGGGAAGAUAGUUGGGCCAUUAAACUUCUUAAUCUUCUCUCAGCGAUUCAAGUCCUACAGACGGGGGGGAUUGUGCGGGAGAUGCCUGUAUUUGGAGAGCUGGAUGGCUUGUUUCUGGUUGGUAUAAUCGAUGAGCUGCGUUAUAAUUCCAAGGGCGAACUUGAGCUGUGUGAAUUCAAAACACGCAGCCAGCGAUCAUUCCCAGGUGCAGCCCAGAGGAAAAGCCAUCACUUACAGGUCAGAGUGUACAAAUGCCUGUUCGAGGCCAUGAUCCGAGGUGAGGUGGACAAGGGCAUUCUCCUUCGCCAUCUCCGCUUACGGACCGAGCAACCCUUUGGCUCAGAGGUUUCUGAGCACGCUGAGAAGAUGGGAUUCACUGUGCACACGUUUGGUGACCUACUGGAUUUGGUGUUGUUGAAUCUAACCUACUCGGAGAUUCCCCAGAUCGACACUCUGAUGAUAGAAUACUGUUACCAGGCCGAUAGAUCUGCCAUUGGAGCGGAGGCGGUGUGCUUCCAGGAGGAGUGGCUGCGAAGAGAACUGGCGAAUUGCUUCUCCUUCUGGAAGGGGCAGAGGGAAGCCGAGGGGGUGGAUAUCGAAGAGGCGUGGAAGUGCUGCUCGUGUGACUUUGUUGACAUCUGCGACUGGAGGCAGAGAAAAGCCGAAGAAUUAACACAAAAAUAUAAAGCAAUUCAAAGCAGAGGCAGACCUAAGUUACAUUAAACAUGCGUUUCUUCUAUAGUUUCUCCUUGCAAGAAAGUCUAAUCUUGAUUAAAGCUACUGGAAAUUCUCAGAAGAGCGGUUUUAAGUUGAGAGAAGCUCUUUUUAUUGCCUAAACAGACUUCAUCAGAAUUAUUUUUUAAGUUGCAGGCAUUACGAUAA